AUAGUCUGCGGCCGGCGGUUAGGUGAGCGCGAGAGCGGUCGGCGUGUCUCCUGCUGGGGCGGAUCAGCCCCCUCGUACCGGAUCAUUGUUUUUUCCCUGCGUGGCAAGCUGCCUUCAGAUAAUGUACAAUGGGACUACAAAUUCAUUUUGUGAUUGACCCGCAGGGGUGGUGCUGCAUGGGCAUGAUUAUCUUCGUCUGGCUUUACAACACACUCUUUAUUCCCCAAAUUAUCCUCUUUCCUCACUAUGAAGAGGGACAUACUUCAGCUGCAGCGAUAUUGUGCUACUACUUAGUCUCAUUGUUUUGUAUAGUUUCGUUAUUGAGAGCCUCCAUAGCUGAUCCAGGAAAACUACCUGAAAGGCCAAAGAUACCACUCACAGAACGAGAAUUUUGGGAACUAUGUAAUAAAUGUAAUAUGAUGAGACCAAAGCGAUCCCAUCACUGCAGUCGCUGUGGACACUGUGUUAGAAGGAUGGAUCACCACUGUCCGUGGAUUAACAAUUGUGUUGGUGAAGACAAUCAUUGGCUGUUUCUGCAGCUAUGUUUCUACACUCAGCUUCUUAGUUCCUAUACAUUGAUACUUGAUUUCUGCCACUACUAUUAUUUUCUACCUCUGAAAAAAGUUAACUGGGAUCUCUUUGUAUUUAGACAUGAACUUGCCUUGCUAAGGAUAUCGACCUUCAUGGGCAUAAUAAUGUUAGGUGGAAUAAGUGGACUCUUUUACACUCAGCUAAUGGGUAUUUUCACUGAUACAACAAGUAUAGAAAAAAUGUCAAACUGUUGUGAAGAAAUAUCGAGGCCCCGAAAGCCAUGGCAGCAGACCUUCUCAGAAGUUUUUGGCACUCGCUGGAAGAUCCUGUGGUUUAUUCCUUUCAGGCAGAGGCAACCACUGCGAAUUCCCUACCACUUUGCCAAUCAUGUCUAA